ACCAGUCUUUGUGCGCGACAAUUAUCAUUCUGAUCGAUUCGGUCCGCGCGGGGGUGUGCAGCCGGCCCGUUUUAUAUCUUUUGUUGUUUUGUAACGUUGCUAAAUCAAUAAUUUUAGUGGCGGCUAGCGGCCAUCACGUUCUUAAUUCAAAUCUUGACGAUACAACGCUAGAAGCCUCGUUUUACAAUCUAGUUUCUCAUUUCUGUUCAAUCUGUAUAUCAAAUGACCGUGCGAAUUCUAUACCUAACGAGUGUGCUAUUCUACUGCCUACUGGUCGUACCGCUUCGGUGAAUAAUCGUCAGAUACAUGGAUUGGCCGAGGAUGUGUUAGUGCAGUGUUGUGUACAGUGUAGUGACAGUGACAGUGUGACAGUGUCAGUGACAGUGACAUGGUCUGUCACGGGAGUGCAGUGAUCAUGCGCGGGUCGCACACGCACCGGGGUGCUGAAUGAGAGCCAACAUUGACGGGGUGUUAUGGACAAGGAGAAUGGGGAUGGCGGCGGGGAGGCCGCGAAGCCGCCGCCCGACUCCAUGCUCGACCCCUCUGGGCUCUUCGGAGCGUACUGGGGUCGUGACGGCGGCGGCGGCGGCGCGGCUGCGCAGGCGCAGGCGCAGGCGCAGGCGGCGCUGUUCGGGUUCGGCUCGCGGUACCCGCCGCCCACCACGCUGGGUGUCGCCGCCAACCAAGCCGCCUCCCUCGGGCUACAUCCUGCCGCCAGUGCGGCAUGGUGGUCGAUGGCGUCCCACCUCGCGGCGCAGGACUACCUGGCGCGGCUGCAGGCCUCCGGCCUCAACUUCCCGCCCAUGGCCGACCCCUACGCCGCGCUCUCCGCCCUCUCCGCCAUGAAGCAGCCGCAGAAACCCGCCAAGCCGCCAUCCAGGAACGAUAGGUCGGGUCGCAGCAGCUCCUCCAGCGUGUCGGCGAAGGACAAGAGCCCCGCUACCAGCACCGCCAGCUCGCAGCCCAGCAUGAGGUCAUCGUACGGCUUCCCAAAGACCUCCUCACCGUCAACGAUGUCGUCGCCGUCGCUGUCGAGCCUGGCGUCGCUCAACAACCUCGCGCAGCAGCCGCUACACUCCAAACCCAGCAAGCAGCAGCCGCUGCCCUCGCGCAAGAGCUCCAGUUCAUCAUCAUCAUCAUCGAAGGAGAAGGAGCGGGACCUAGCGAUGCUGCGCGGCGACCUCAUGCUGGCGCAGGCGGCCGCGCACGGCGCCUACCACGCCGCUGUCGCUGCUGCUAAGGGCAAGAACAUGUCGCCUUUAUAUCCCUUCAGUAUGAGUGGCUCGGAGAAAGACCGGAGAUCAGGCAUCGAUUCCUUGACGGGCCUUCCUCAUAAUAUUCUUAGUGCUGCUUUGGAAUCAGGUGAUCCCUCAUCUGUGCUGGGCGGUGUCAGGCUACCUCCCGACACGGAGAUCAUUAAGUACACCUCGUCGUUGGCGGGACCUAAGGUUCCGCCCGGCACGACCAACCGCGGCCGCAAGAAGACGAUCUCGUUGGACCCGCCGCAGGUCUCCGUACACCCCUCGAGCGAGCGCGCCGCGCCGCUGCCCAGCAAACGGCAGAAAGUGGACGAGUACGGCAACUCGCGGUCGUCGGUGGAGGUGAUCCGGCUGCCGACGAAGCCGGAGCGCGCCAACUCCGUCUCCGGCACGCCGCCGCCCAACCUCGCCGACUACGCCGGUAUAUCCCGCGAGCUGCUGCAGACCAUCGCCAGCCAGAGCGGCGUGAGUCUGGCCGCGCUCGAGAGACAGCUCGCUGGCACCACUGCCGCAGAUUCAGGUCUCAACCUUAGCACGAAGUCCAACAACACGAGCGCGGAGGAGUCGCCGCUUGACCUGGGCACGAAGGGCGACGACGACGCGCCACUCAACCUCUCACUCAAACCCACGCCGCCGAGUACGCAAGCUUCAGACGCGCUGUCCAGGCUGACGUCACUCAGUAGUUCCCUCAACGCCUCUAACGACAGGAUAUCUCGUCGCAAGCCGGGCGCGAAGCCGCGCCGCGUGGCGCCGGAGGGCGGCGGCGCGCCGGCCCACUCCCCUCGACCCACCUCCAGCGGCAGCGAGGACAGCGAAGCGGUGUCAUCCUGGGGCGCGCGCGAAGGUCGGCCGCGUAACCUCGGGCGCGGCGUGUCCAAGCCCAAGAAGAACACCGUCGCCUCUCUCCUGGCGCAGAGCCGCGCGCUCGGGCUGCGGCCGGCGCUGGCGCAGCAGCUGCUGGGGGAGACUGACCUGGAGAAGCUGCGUGCGCUGGUGGGCGAGGGCGGGAGCACGGACUCGUGCGCGUCUGACAGCGCCGCCUCCGACAGCGAGACCGGCGAGCCCGACCCGCCGCUGCGGUUGCCGCUGGCUCUCGGUUGGCGGCGCGUGACGUUGGUCCGCGGGUUGUCACGCAAGUGUCACGUGCGCGGGGACGUGUCGUACUCGCCGCCCGAGCCGCACGCCGCGCUGCACAUCAAGUCGCCCGCUGAGCUGCAGACGUUCCUGGAAGCGAACCCGUGCCCGCCGCUGUGCCGCGACAACUUCAGCUUCAGCAGUCGCACCAUACUUGGCGAGUACAUACAGCCGGCCACCGACGGCGCCGAGCCCUCUGUCUUGACAGAGGCCGAGAUCACUAAGAGGGUGGAGGAAGCCCGCGCGGCGUGUGGGCGACCGACGCCGCCGCCGCUGGAGCGCCGUAUGGAGCUCGCGCGACGACAGCAGGCGCAGCGAGACGCACGCGCGCAACAGGCCCGCUUAGUACGAGAGCUCGAAAGGACGGAGAAGGCAGAAUAUGUUAAAAGAGAAAAAGAAGCGAGAAGUCAACAGCUACUAGAGCAAAUCAACAGGGGCAGGUCGCAGCUCACCAUCGAGGCGCUGCCGGCCAAGCCCGACGACUGGAAAGGUCCCGACGGCCAAAAGACCAGGGACAAAACGAUGCCCCAGAUAAGCCUCUCCCUGAUCCCGGUCAGCGGGCUGAAGGACUCGCUCGUCGCCCCGAACGAGGACUGGAAGGAGACGGAGCAGUACAACGCCCUGGACAAAAUGAAGGAUUUCGCCGAGAAGGCCGCCUUCGACCUACCCAAGCGGCCGAGCGACAAGUACUUCGACUUCAGCCUCAUGAAGACCGCAGACAAGCGGAAGGUGCCGGAGAAGGAGAACAAUAUAGAGAAACUCAUCGAGUCCUACUCCAGGAUCUCGGAGUUCAUCAACGGCUGCGACUGGAGCAAGGGCAAGGAGGUCAAGAAGUCGGAGAGAAACGAUCCGCAUAGCAUUGAGCAGAAGUAUUUGGACGCCAAGAACGAGUUCAUGUCGCAGAAUCUGGCGCUCAUGCCGAACGACAAGGCGAAGGAGGUGAUAGACCUGAGCGAGGACGACAAUAUACUGAAUGAUAUAAUAUCGAAGAGGGCGAGCAAGGAGACGUUUAACGUGGGCAAAGACGGCGCGUUGUCGAUAUCCGUGCACAAGGACGCGAGUCCGGCUAAGAAGAAAAAGCAGGAGGAGGCUGAGAAACAGAAGAUGGAAGACCAGGCGAAAAGGCAGCAGGAAAGAGAACUGAAGCGACAUCAAGCUAUGCUGCUAAAAGAACAGCAAAAGUUCAUUUCCGAGGAACGAGAAAGGCGGCGUCAACAUACAACUUUCAUACGUCAGUUGGACGGCAGAAGACGGUGGGAGGAGAGGGAAAGAAGAAAACACCAGAACCUUCUAGACCGGUUGCUUGUGAAAGAAAAGAAGUUACAGCAGAGAAGAAAAGAAAUGGAACUGUUGUCUGAACUAAGGAGGCCACAGGAGGACUCGACGCUGUCUGAUCACAAGCCGCUGCCGGAACUGGAGCGGCUGCCGGCGCGUAUCGCGGGCCAGGCCAUGGCCGACCUGCUGCACGUCUUCGAGUUCCUCCACAACUUCGGACAGGCGCUCGGCUUCGACGUAGAAUCACUGCCAAACUUAGACACGUUACAACAAGGACUGAUACCAAACUACAGUCAAGAGGCUGAAGACCAACUCAUCACAGUGAUGACCAGGCUACUUAUCAUCGCUAUUGAGGACCCUGGUAUCCCGCACCCGGGUCGACACACGACGCUACUCGGGCACGCAAUCCGCAUGGGCGACGUCACGCCCGCCAACCUCAGCGAGGUGCUGCGUAUAUACCUGUAUGCCAACGCCACGGGCGAGGUUAAGGCGCUUACCGGUCUGACGGUGGAGCGGGAACGCGAGCGGCGCGUGGCCGACCACCAUCAGAGCGACGCGGAGAUGACGCACGCAAACGUGACCACCAAGAACCCAGCAUACUACGACCAUCUGCAUAAUAACGCUACAUAUAAAUUAUCAGAGACGCUCCGCGACAAGCCGUUCGUCGCGCUAAACCCAACAACUAAAGCCCGCAUGAUGGCGCGGAUUUGCGACGAGCUGACGCAGUCGCGCGCGGUGCUGCGGCAGCUGGACGCCGCGCUCGACCAGCUCGCACAGCUGCGCAGGGAGCGGUUUACAUUGGAUACACGUAUACGCAAGGUUCGAUCGUUACAUCAAAGGAAGCUACGAACGGAACAAACGGAGAAGCAACAGGCGAUGGCUCUGGAGCGGAUGCAGAGGCUGGUGGAGGAGAGCUCCGUCACCAGAACCUCGCCUGAUGAUGAUCGUUCAGACAAGAGUGAAACACCCAAAAAGCGUGACAAAGAGUCUUCGCCUGACAACGAAAACUCAAAACAAAACACGCCGUCCCCGUACAAGGAGCCGCCUACAGACGAAAGCGAUAAGGAACUAUCACCCCUAAAAGAUCUCUCGAAUAGUAUAAAGAGCAAAGAGAUGUUAAACAACAAUAAGGACGAAUGUUCGCCGAACGAUCCUAAGAUAGAUAAGGACAGCGUUAUGGGUGAUUGCGAUGCCAAUUUGAGUGACCUCGAAAGCGAAGGAACACAGCCAGAAGAAGACGAAGACAAGAACCUAUCAUCGGAGGAGCUCAGUCGUAAGCUGGACAAGCUGAUGCGGCAAUCCGAGCAGCAGCUACAAGCGCUCGCCGCUGCGUCGCACGCGCUGCGGGCAACGUGCUUCGGACAGGACAGGUACUGGCGUCGCUACUGGUCGCUUGGCAAGUGCGGUGGUGUGUACGUGGAGGCGAUGGAGUCCGCGCAGCCCGAGAUCAUGGACUACCACGCUAAACUCGAGGCCGACGCGCUAUGGCAGAAUCGCGCGGACGUUGAUGAUAUGAAGAAAGGUGUAUCGGAGUGGUCUGACAGCGCGAUGCGGGCGGAGGAGCUGCGCAGCAUCAAGACGGAGCUGAACCUCAGCGACCGCACGCAGAUCAUCAAGUACGAGCCCAACCUUGAGCGACAGAGCGACGCGCAGGGAUCGCGGUAUAUGUGUGGGAUUAAAAUGGAAGAAAAAUAUAUUCAAGAGAAGAGUCAUGAGGAGGAGGACAUGCUGGACAUCGAGGACUCGAUACCCACCGCGUUCCUCGUCCAGAAACCCACGCACAAACCCAUGUUCGCCCCCCAGCCGGAACCCGCGGAGAAGUCGCCGGAAGUCAAGCCGGAGCCGGUCAAAACAGAAACCGUAGAGAAAGAGGAGCCGGAGGAGAGCAAGGACAACCUGGUGAACAACCUCGAGGAACUCCGCAAGAUGGCCGAGGCUGUGUCCUCGCAGCUCGACGCCGCCAAGAAGGCAGAAAUUGAAAAAACCGAAGUCAAAGAAGAGAUCAAAGACGAGACCGUGAGCCCCGAGGAGGCCCACUCGAUAUUAUACACCAAAAUCACCGAGGGAAAAUGGUUCUCGAUCCUGAGGCAUGAGAGGUUCCUGACGAGCAUCAACGAGGAGCAGCCGCCGGAGCCCGAGUACCGCGACAACGAGCACACGUGCGCCGAGAUCAUCACCACCCAGGGACACCGUUGGGACGUCUCCAACAACCUCCACCUGCUCAACGACCCCAGCCUGUUCACGCUCAAUAGCAUGGUGACAAGUGUACAGGUGCCCUCCAACAACGUGUACGCCGACUCCAGCCUCACCAUGUCGGGCCUGGACCAGGAGAUGAUGGACGCCAGCUUGAGCGCCGCGCCGCAGCCGCCGGCGGAGAAAGAGCAGGAGAACGAUCUCGAGAAGGAGCUGCAGGCGGACGCGGCCAAGGACCUGGCGACGCAGAAGUCCAAGGCGUCGGGGCUGACCAGCCUGGGUAUGCUGAACUUCAACGCGCUGUCGACGUACGUGACCUGCGACAGCCCCCCGCCGAUACAGAUGACGCCGGAGGAGCAGGAGCAGCUCGAACACUGUAAAGUCCACGGCCUGCCCAAGAAACUGGACACACAAUACGUGCCCAAGGAUCUCAGACACGGGUGGUGGCGUAUAACGGACCCGGAUCAGAUGCAGGAGGUGAUGCGCGCGCUGCACCCGCGCGGCGUGCGAGAGAGAGAGCUGCACGCCGCUCUCGCUCAUCACCUGCUCUCCUUCAACAAUAAGAUUCAUAUCGAGAAGGGUAUCGCGGUGGCGCAGCUGGAGGGUCCGGCGGGUGAGACGCCGGAGCCCGACGCGCCCGGCUCCUUCUGCACCGCCGCCGCACGACGCGUCGAUAUGCAGCUGCUCGCAGCGGUCGAGGCUCUAGAGGAGCGCGUGGCGGCGGGCUCCAUGCAGGUGAAGGGGUGGCGGCCGGCGCGGCAGACGCGCGACUCGCCGCCGCCCGCCGCCACCGGCGCGCUGAUAGUGGCCCGAGCGCGCGACCAGCUCGCCGCGCUCGAGGCGCACAUCGAGAGGCGGUACCUCAAGCCACCGCUCGUGCACAGCACGGCGGACGCGAACAUCGGCGCGGUGCUGCAGGCGGAGCACGGCAACGCGCCCGCCACCUCCCCGCACUCCGACACCACCACCGAGAACAAACCGGAAGGUCGCGGCGUGGCGCGCGGUCUGGCGACGUGGCGCGAGGGCGUGUCGCGGUGCAACACGUCCGCGCAACUCGCGAUGAUGCUUGCCGCGCUGGACUCCGCCGUCGCCUGGGACAAGAGCAUCAUGAAGGCCACGAUGCCUUCGUUACAGAACUGUCAGUUUUGCCAGUCGGGUGACAAUGAGGCCGAGCUGCUACUGUGCGAUGGCUGCGACAAGGGCUACCACACUUACUGCUUUAAGCCGCGCAUGGAGAAAAUACCGGAGGGCGACUGGUAUUGCUGGGAGUGCGUGAACAAGGCUCGGGGGCAGCGAGUGUGUAUCGUGUGCGGCGGCGGCGCGGGGGGCGCGGGCCGGCUCAUACCGUGCGCGCUCUGCUCGCGCGCCUACCACCACGACUGCCACUAUCCGCCGCUGCCUAAGAACCCUCGCGGCAAGUGGUACUGUUCGCAGUGCAUAUCUCGCGCGCCGCCCAAGAAGCCGCGCAAGGCCAGCAAGCGGGACAGCAAGAGCAAGGACACCAGCCUCGACCUCGACUCCAGCAUGGUGCCCAGUCCGGCGGCAUCUCACGCGUCGACGUCGACAACGGCGGAGGAGGCGCCGGCGGCCGUCCCUGUCGCCGAGCCCGACCCUGCCCCCGAGCAGCCCACGCCCGAACCCGCCCCUGACCCAGAGAACGGCCUCAAUCAUACCAGUUUACAAGAGUUGUCGGACGAGCCGCCGGAGAAGCGUCGCGCGACGCACUUCGUGGCGGGCAACGGCGCGCUGCAGCAUGACGACACAGACGGACGCGUCGACGGACACGUUCCCGAUCCCGAGGUGGAGAACAUCCCGCUGCUGUCGCGGGCCAAGAAAGACAAGGGGUGCACCAAGAAAAUGUCCAAGGAGAUGCAGUUCUGCAAGAACCUGCUCUGCGAGAUGGAAUGUCACGAGCACGCGUGGCCGUUCCUGGUGCCGGUCAACACCAAGCAGUUCCCGCAGUACCGGAAGGUCAUCAAGUGCCCCAUGGACCUCUCCACCAUCAAGCGGAAGCUGCAAGACUCUGUCUACAAGUGCAAAGAGGAGUUCGCGUCGGACGUGCGGCUGAUAUUCAGCAACUGCGAGGUGUUCAACGAGGACGACUCUCCCGUCGGCCGCGCCGGACACAGCAUGCGACAGUUCUUCGAGACGCGCUGGCCCUGACACGACCUGCCCCUGCCCACCGACGCCUGAACACGCCCCUGACUGACUAUACCCGCCACAGAUCGAGCCCUGGCGCCUAAAGCGACGACUGAACACGCCUCUGUGACUAUACCCGCCACUGAUCGAGCCUUGGCGCCCAAUUCUUAUCUCGGAUUGAUUGUAGGGCAAAAAAUUGGCGGAUACCCAGUCCUUAUUUUAGCUUUGAAUAUUUCCGCAACACGGAUUUAUAGCCUGCUAUAGUAUAGAUUACACCACUAUCUAUUGAAGAAAAAUUACUUGAAAGCAGAAUUGUGUGUUCUAUGGGUUUGAAUAGUGACCCACUAGGACCCAAUAAUGUGACUGCCAGAAUCAGACUGGAAUGGUUUUAUUCGCGCCAAAUUUUCGAGAUCUCGAGUGAUGUGUAAUUUGAAACAGAUGAAAGUGAGACGUAUUAACGACUUCCAAAUUUUAAAUGUAGUAGUAAUUUACCUAGAACGUAUUUUGCGAAGUGCAAACGAUUAUAAUAAUAUUAGCAUCUACGAUGGUAUGAUGUUAUAUUAAACUUGAUAUAAUAAGCUGAGAUCUUAUGGCUCGAAUUUCAUCUCUAAAUAAUAAUAACUUGCUAGAAUAUAAUUAAUAUAACGUUAUUACAAUAUUGAAUAUUUAUGUGAAUAUACGUUUUAUUGUAUUUAGAUUUUAAAACACAUGAUUCUUUUUGAUUAUGAUUACUCGUCUAAUCUAUAUAAACUAUCGAAUGUAAUAAUUUUUAGCACAAUUCUAGCAAGUUUACAAGAUACAUUCCUGAUCAAACUAGGGUUCCUUAGCCAAUACGGAGUUCGGAAACAAAGGUGGUAUUAACGUAUUGUGCGCUGCGUCGUUAAGCUCACCUUAUGUCAAUGCCUCAAGUUCUGUUUUCGAACUUAGUCAUUGCAGCUAGCGAUGUCAUGUCAAUGGCUAAAGGCCCAGGACUGACGUCCUACAGGCUACAACGGAGAGACGUACUGUACAUUGAGAAUCUCAGUGGCAAUGUGAUGUUAUUUAACUAGGCGACGCACAUAACGUUGAGUGUAUUUAAUGUAGCUGACUGUACAUACUAGCGGUAUUACUAGAAUUUUAAAGUAUUAGAGAUCUAUUUUUAAGCAUAGAGAAUAUAGAUUAUUGAUGUCAUCCUUUCGAAUAUUAUUUUUUUAAUAUUAUUUGCGCGUAGCAACGAAGCAGUAUUCCGGUAAUGCGGCAUUUCUCGAAUACGAUUUAAACUUCUCAUUGGCCAGUUAUAAAUUAGAGUUGAAUGUAAAUGUGUUUGUGAUUG